GAUAAGUCGUGUAAAGUGUUCUGUUUGUUUUAAAAGUACCUCACAAGAUAAUACAAAAGAGAUGUUUUCAAACAACUUAACUACGACAUUUAGUUAUCUGUCUUUGGAAACCCGAACUUACAUCAAUAGGCUUGCUACAAAGUUGAAUGGACUAAAAAGAAACUUCGGUAAAUUGAUGAUAUAUUUAGAACCAGGCGAUGAAUGGCCAAAUGUGAUUGUGGCAUAUCCAGAUCCUAGAAACCCAUGCUGGUAUUGUGAAAUUUUUGAUUCUACCGAUUGGUCAGAAGAAGCCUUAAACGGAACAAUAAAUUUACCUAUUUUUAUUAAUAGACUGUACAAAAUGAGAGAAAACGUUAAUUAUGAUUCACCCCUAAUGCAAAUCGUUAUUUAUGUGAGAGGAAAGUUAGUGUUUGAUGAUCCAAUGUUUCUUUUUCGUAGAAUACCAACAGUACUAUAUGAGCGUGGUGGUUAUCAUCUUAAUAACGAAGGCCGUAAUGAUACUAUAAACCAGCUACUUAACAUGACAGAAUUCGACAAAAAGACAUUUUUAGAUUUCCUAAAGAGAAUUAGAUUCUACCCCAUUGAAUAUAUCCGUGAUUUUGAUCGGUUAGAUAGAUACAAUGCCAUUCUUACACAAGCUUUUAAUCCAGGAAUAGCUACCGAGUCCUUCGACGCUAUUUUCACAAAAAUCGAUUCUUGUUUUGAAAAUGGUUCCAAUAAGGAUUGUGAUUUUGAUGUUAAUUUAGAAUUAUUUCGAGGUUAUCAAAUCCAUUUUGCUGUCCAUCCUGAAUUAUUAGUAGAAUUUUUCAAAAGCACCACAAAGAGAAUUUUAUACAUCAAAACUGAAUCGUCUUUUCUGACUAUUUUAAGAAUAAUUGAUCUCCUUUCCAAGGAAGAAAUAUUUUUGCCUUCCAGAAAUAAAUUUAACUUCACCGAAUGUUUAACAUACUGGCUAAAUUCACACCAUAAUAUAUUUAUAAUAGAAGAUACAACAUCGAUGGAAACAAUGCUUUCUGAACUAUCACUCGUAUUAAGCAGAGACUCUAAAUUUAGUAAUAGCAACAAAAAGGUAAUUUUAGUAAACCAAAGUCACCAAAUAUCAAAUAAUGCCCUUCAAACUAUUGAUAGUUUUGAUGAUAAAGGGUGGUUCACUGAUUUGAGCGAGGAUGUUCAAAAUUAUUUAGUGACCAGAGAAAUAUCUUUUCAAGGCUUCUAUGUCAAAUUAGAGGAUGUUCUGGAUAAAAAUACCCUUUUAAAAACUCUUGAUGCGCCCACCCUAGAGAGGCUAAUUCAAGGUUGGAAAUUGACAAUUGAUUUUACGAACAAAUUUACUCAUAUGUUUCCUGACACGUUAAAAAGGACGUUAAGAAGACAGCUUGUCAACAGAGAUGUGCUUAAUAGUGAUUUUUUAUCUAACAAUUUAGUACUUUUAUCAAAUAUUACUGCAGAAGGUCUAUCAAAAUUAAAAAUAGAAGCUGUUCCGUAUAGUGAAUGUGAAAAUCAUAAAAGUGGACUUUUCAUCUUUAACAAUUCCGAAGAAAAUUUAAAUAAAUUUCAUAAACUUUGCGGAGAUAGAACUGAGAAAGCAAUUUACUGGUUAGAGUAUAAAGAGUCCAAAGAGAGAGAAGAAAGUCUAUUAUUUUUAAAAGACUUUUCUGGGAAUACUGACAGUUUUCUGGAAAACUUAGAAGAUUUGCCUUUCUCGGAAGAAAUGGAAGUGCAUACGUAUGUACCAAAUAAUAAAGUUAAUAUUGUCACUGCCUUACCCGGUAUGCGAAAAAAUGAAUUUGUUCGUGGAUACUUGUCAGGGGCAUUUAAAUUAAACAAUCUAACUUACUGGGUAUUUUUCGACAUUUUUUUGGAAAAUGAAGGAUUGGAUAGACUUUCAAAACAAUUUUUAAACAAAUUCGACUAUUCUCGCCUGAUAAUUUUCUGCAACUUUGAGAACCUAGUCAAAUUAAAAACACAAGAUGUAGUUGUAAAACAAAUACAAUAUUUAGCUUCUAAAAAAUGUACAAUAUGGAUAACUUGUGACUUAGAAUCCAGAGUGAAGGUGCAAAUUCUAUUACAAACUGCAGCUUACAGAAUAAAUCCGUUAAAAGGCCCAGAAAAAUUUUACUAUUUUGUCAAAGAAACUUGCGGUCAUUAUUAUGAUGUAAUCCCAGAUUGGACAAAAACUAGGUACUACAAACUUAUGAAUAUAAUUGAUAUUUGUGACCGCGACAGAUAUUCUAAAAUCGAAUUUACAGCAUUUCCUGGCCAUCUUUACAGAUUAACAAGAAGACGUGGCGGAAGAAAUUUGCUCAGUAUACUUCAUUCGUUCAUUUAUUAUAAACUUUUUUACGACGGUAAUGAAAUAUAUCCCAUAGAAGAUAAAGAGAAUAUGUUAAAUUUACUCAAAAAAAUUGCCGCCAAUGAAUAUAAUCUGAUUGAACCAAAACUUUCAUACGGCAGUGUCGACGAAAGAAUAUUUAAACUUGAUUUAAUGUUUCUGGAAAAAGAAAAAAAAUUCAAUUGAUAAUACAUUUAUGGUUAAGGUCCUUACUGAAGAUGAAUAUUCACUAAUAAGAAAGAUUUUGAAUGAUAUGACUGUUCAUCCAGACGAUACAUGUUUAAAAUAUAAUAAUAUAUUCAAAGAUAAAAAUUCCUGGCUGGUUAUUGGGAAAUUGACUAAGGAAGGUAAUAAAAACCUGGCUAAAUUUCUAACCGAUGAUUUUUUUCGAUUGGAUUGAAACCUUUAUAUUGUAUUUUAUUUUUAAAACCCAAAAAUGUAGUUUACUGUUUUAUUAAAUAAAAUUCUUAUGUACUUAACUAUGUUACUGUAAAGAGUGGUCUGAAUAAUU